AUGCCGGGACUCACGGGAGAAUCGAGAAAAAUUGCCGGGUACGAGUUCUUCGAAACCGUUCUCGGCAGCCCCAAGUUCAUUGUUGCGCCCAUGGUCGACCAGAGCGAGCUCGCAUGGAGGAAACUCUCCAGGAGGUACGGCGCCCAGUUGGUGUACACGCCCAUGAUCAACGCCAAGAUGUUCGCCGACGCAAAGCACAAAAACUACCGCGAAGUCCAGUUCAACACCGUGCAAGGAGAAGAAGGCGGACCCGAAGACAGGCCGCUCAUUAUCCAGUUCUGCGCCAACAACCCCGACUACCUCCUCACCUCCGCCAAGGCACUGGAACCGUACUGCGAUGCGGUUGACAUCAACCUCGGGUGCCCGCAAGACAUCGCGAAGAAGGGUCAUUAUGGGUCGUUCUUGCAAGACGAGUGGGAUCUCAUUCACGACCUCAUCAGCAUCUUGCACAAGAACCUGUCCAUCCCCGUCACUGCCAAGUUCCGGGUGUUCCCAACGAUCGAGAAGACGGUCGCAUACGCGAAGAUGCUCGAGCACGCCGGCGCGCAAAUGCUCACUUGUCACGGUCGCACGCGCGAACAACGGGGCCACAGAUCUGGCGUCGCGGACUGGGAGAAGAUCCGGGCGGUGAAGAACGCGGUCUCCGUACCCGUCGUCGCGAACGGGAACAUGCUCUUCCACGGGGACGUCGAGAGGUGCCUCGCUGCGACGGGCGCGGACGCUGUCAUGUCCGCCGAGGGUAACCUCUACAACCCUACCAUCUUCACUCCCGCCCAACCCUCUGCCUCUACCUCCACUACUCCCUCACCCAUGGCGAAAUACCUCACCGGCCUCCACCCGCGCAGCACCACCCUAGCCUCAGAGUACCUCACGAUCGUCCGCGAGCAGAAGACGCCCACGGCGCCGAGCGCGGUCAAGGGCCACCUCUUCAAGCUCCUCCGGACGGCGCUCGCGAAGCACACGGACCUGAGGGAGUGGAUGGGCCGCGUGCGCGCGGAGAAGGACGAGCGCACCUGGGACGGCGCGUUCGAGCGGUACGAGGAGAUCGUCCGGGAGCUCGACGCGCGGCUGGACGCAGACAUCGAGGCCGCGGGCGCGAAGGACAAGCCACUCGAGGAGCUCGCGCGCCUCGAUCCCGCGACCGGCUUCCCCGUCCUCCCCCACUGGCUCGUGCAGCCGUACAUCCGGCCCCUGCCUGAAGAGCCCGCAUUGUCCAAGCCCGCGCCGGCGAGCCAGAAGAGCGGGGUUGCCGUCGUGGUCGAUCCGGCGUGCGAGCCGCAGGUGGCGCGGGGCGCGAAGCGGCAUGUUCCGGAUGAAGAGGGGGAUGCGGGCGCGGGAAGAAAGGAGCGUGCGGAGGAGGCGGGAGAAGACGGGGAGGUAGAGGCGAAGAGGAUCUGUGACAAGGACCCGGAUCUGACGCUACUUUGA